GUUUGCGCCGAGAACACGGCGCCAUGUCGUGUUGUGCGUGUUCCGCGCCAGCACCGCAACGGACAGGCUUGCCCGUUGCCGGAGCUGCCCUUGGCGCAAUGGCAGGUCUGUUGCAAGUCCCCCUAAGGGGCGGCAUGCAGCCAGUGCCCCUGUCGCAGGUGGUGAAUCGUGGAAGUAGUGUGUCCCUGCCCGGCCGUCCUUGUGGCAGUCCUUGGGGCACACCCAUGGCAGGUUCACUUCAGCUGCCUGGAGGAUCAGUGGUGUCCACCCCCAGCCAGACGCCCCGGAGCGGCUUCCUUCCGAUCCCCGCCGCGCGUGCGCAAGCCCUGGUCAAGCCUGGCGGAAUCCAAGCGGUGCCUGUCGGCUCGGUGGCUGGAGCCUCUCCGGUGUCCACCAUGACCACCACACCAGUCUCCCAGAUCUCGGAGGUCGAAACAACACCCACCGAGGAGAAACGAUCGAGGAUCAAGGUCGGUGCGCCGUUUGAUGUACCGAGGGCCUCCAUCAGAGCCAAGUGCCCCUCGUGGUCGGAUACUCCAACGCCCAAAGUUUGGCAUCCCAAGCGCCCUGCUCAGCAGUGCGAAGGAACAGGAGAAAAGACCGGCAAUGUGUCAAAAAAAGAGAAAUCGGUGUCGAAUGACAAAGGAAAGAGCAAGGAGCGAAAGGAGAAGUGCUCGCCGUCCCCAAAGGGGAGAGCGCGAUCGGAUUCGCCUUUGUUGUCAAGGGUGGGGCUGGAAGAAGCGAGGAGCCUCAAACAAGUUAUCAAUGUCGACCUCCUCUUUGUUGUCUUCAGCAGGCCGUCAAACGCCCCUGACACGCGUCUUGGAGGAGAAAGACGAGGCAGAAGACCAAGAGGGCGGCUUGUCCUCCGUGCUGAAUUGUAUGGAAGACUCCAUUCUGAGUCUGUUCCGUCGUGGCGGCUCGGGCGGCUCGACGAUCACUGUGGUGCCGCCACCCAUGACCCGAUGUUCCGACGCGGCACGGAAGGAUAGCGAUGGAGGCUCCGUGUCGGAGAGGACGCUGGCAGGC